AUGGAUCCUCCCCGUUUUGGAUAUCUGCGUCGCUCACCACCACCAACUUAUUAUGCGUCCAAAGAAGAUAGGAUGGAAGCACUCAAUAAGCUAGCAAGGCCAGCUGCAGAUGUAUCCAGGAUUUUAGAUGAAGCACAAGUUCCAAACUUUCUCUGGGGCAAGAUGGCCCUGUGUUUAGUUGGGGAAUGGAUGGAGCAAGAAUGUUGUGCUAAGCUGCACGUCAAGUCUGCUUACCUCUGGUGGCUUCCAGACUUUGAGCUAGGUCCUCCUGCUGCAGAUCACCCCGACUUGAUGCUUUCCAAUGAUCCUCGACUCCCACCGUUUGCACCCAAGGCAUUUUGA